AUGCGCUGCAUCCACAACUCGGCCGAGCAGCGACAGCGGUUCUUCAUAAACAUGUCUUUGGCGUUCGCACAGAAAGCCCACGAAGGUGCGACAGUACUGCACAGCUAUCGGGACUAUCUCCAGCCACCGUCCGACGGCAUCUGGGCCACAGUCGAGUUCCCCGAGCUUACAAAAGAGGACGGAAAGGUGGAUUGGUUGAAGAAGAUACGCAUGCACUGGGAAUGGCCUGCGAAUCCGUGGAAGACACGCCCGCGCGCUACGCAGCAGACACAGAUGUCUUCGGUCGAGAAGCAGUGGUUAGUGUCUCAUUGUGCGAUGGAGUGGUUCCGAUCACUGCGCAUCCAGGACGAAAUAACAGCUUGGUCGGAAGUAUUCUGGAAGAGACUGGAGCCCGCUCGCAAGCAGCUGAGUCCGUCGGAGCUCAGAAGACGAGAGGACGAGGUUGGGGUAGAAGCUGAUGGGUCAGAUGACGAGGAAGGUACAUUCUGUAUGGGCAGAGAGACGCUCGCCUUCUUCGACGACGCUGUGGUGUGGUGA